AUGAGCUGCCCGUCCACCCAGAGCGGGGAGCAGAUCGAGCCGCUCAGGUACCUCAGCCGCGUGGAGGCGGAAGCCAUCGAGAAGGAGCUGCUGGAAGAUUACAAAUUUGGUCGGCAGCAGCUGAUUGAGAUCUGGGGACACGCCAGCGCCAUGGCUGUGACCAAGGUGUUCCCUCUGCCGUCCCUCCCCAGGAAGCAGCCCACAGUGCUUGUGGUGUGUGGUCCCGAUCAGAACGGCGCCAUCGGCUUGGUGUGCGCACGGCAUUUGCGGGUGUUUGAAUACGAGCCGACCAUCUUUUACCCCAAGCGGUCCCUGAAUUCCCUGUAUCGGGAUUUCACCACCCAGUGCGAAAAGAUGGACAUCCCCUUCCUCUCGUACCUGCCAACGGAGGUCCAGCUGAUCAACGACGCCUACAACGUGGUGAUCGACGCCAUCCUGGGAGCCGACGCCGAGCCGGGGGAGGUGAAGGAGCCGUACACCAGCAUCUUAGCCACCCUGAAACAGAUCCGGAUCCCCAUCGUCAGCCUGGACGUGCCCUCAGGGUGGGACGUGGAGACAGGAAACAGCGAGGGAAUCAGCCCUGACGUCCUCGUCUCCUUGACCGCGCCCAAGCAGUGCGCCACCCGCUUCCUGGGCAGGCACCACUUCCUCGCCGGCCGCUUCCUGCCCUACGACGUGCAGAAGAAAUUUGAGCUCAACCUGCCCGAAUACCCAGGCACAGAGUGUGUGGUUUCGCUUUAA